UUGUUAGGAAAGGUGGCAAGAUGGCGUCGGAGCCGGAUAAGACUGAAAUUCUAACAAUUUUCAAACGACUCAGAUCAAUUCAGACAAAUAAGUCUUGUUUCGAUUGUUCUGCUAAUAAUCCAAGUUGGGCCAGUGUAACCUAUGGCGUGUUCUUGUGUAUUGACUGCUCUGGGGUCCACCGCUCACUGGGAGUGCAUCUCAGUUUUAUCAGAUCCACAGAGCUGGAUUCUAAUUGGAAUUGGUUUCAGUUGAGAGGUAUGCAGAUUGGAGGCAAUGCAAAUGCGGCUGCCUUUUUCCGGCAGCAUGGCUGCACAACUAAAGACACAAAUGCCAAAUACAACAGCAAAGCUGCACAAAUGUACCGUGAGAAGAUCAGGCAGCUAGCAAACAUAGCACUCUCAAAAUAUGGAACUAGUCUUUGGAUUGACAGUUCAGGGGGUACACAAGUGGAAAGUCCAGAAAGUAAAGACGCUGACUUCUUUGCAGAACAUGCUCAGUUUUCCAACAGCUGGGAUAUGGCUUCUACAUUAACAGAUCAGAAUUCUGCUGGGAGCCUGCUGGUUACAGAAGACUCCCGAAAACCGGAAGAAAGCUUGAACAGUCAACCUGAACAGGGUCCCAGCAUUGAAGGCCUUAGCACAUCUCCCAAAGCAACAAUUGAGGAUUCGAUGCGUUUGGCAUCAGGUGAACCUCCGCCUUCUAAAGAAGUGAAGCCUUUGAUCAUUGGAAAGAAAAAGGCUGUUGCAGCAAAAAAGGGGCUGGGUGUUAAAGGACUGGGUGCACAGAAAGUAAGCAGCCAGAGCUUCAACGAGAUAGAACGACAGGCACAGGUAGCAGAGAAACUGAGAGAGCAGCAGGCCAGUGAGGCCAAGAAGCAGAUUGAAGAGUCAAUUGUUGCUUCAAUGCGUCUAGCCUACCAGGAGCUACAGAUCGACAGGAAAAAGGAAGAUAAAAAAAUCCAGAGUUUGGAUGGGAAAAAAAGAGAACAGGCUGAGAGGCUUGGAAUGGGAUUUGGAACCAGAAGUGCUGUGUCUCAUUCGGUUCUGUCAGAGAUGCAAGUAAUUGAGCAGGAGACCCCAGUUGCUGCCAAAUCCACUCGCUCUAAGCUGGAUAUGUUUGAUGAACCAGGAUUUACAGCUGGACCUCCGAAGUAUAAGGAUAACCCGUUCUCUUCAGGGGAUGACUUUGGUUCACGAUGGGAUUCUGAUUCUACCUCCUCUUUCUCCUCUUGGGGUCUCGACAAGGAAGAGCCAAAGGAGGCUGAAGUCACUAUUUCUAGUAUUCAGCCAAUUGGGGAAAGGCUGCCAAGCAGACGAAAGCCAGACAGCAAUGCAACCGUUGUGGAGUCAAGCGAGGCACGGCAGAAGUUUGCCAACGUUAAAGCCAUCUCAUCUGACAUGUUCUUUGGGAGAGAGAGUGAUGCAGAGCACGAGGCAAAGACUAGGUUGGAGAGGUUAUCUGGAAAUUCUUCUAUUAGUUCUGCAGAUCUGUUUGGGGAUGGGAGCGAUGGGUCUUCUGCAGGAUCGUUACAGCGCUUACUGAAAAACUGAGGCUUCAGAGUCUGAACAUAGAGAAGAACCAGACACACUGUUCACCUGUUUUGUUUUAUUUAUUUAUUUUAUCCGUAUUGUUUUAAACCAGGCUGAUGGUUGUAUGUUUGUUUUCAUAAAAUA